AUGUUAUCGUUGCAUGUUCAAAUGUGCGCCACGACGCUUACGCUCUUUUUGUCCGACGUUUAUAGGGUUACAAACCUGUUUGGGAUUUACAGCACAAGCUUUCCAGUGCUGUCGUACGAUGAAUAUUGGCCCGUUUAUGAAGGAGAUCAAAUUUGCCAUAAUCCAAGAAUGCAGAGGAACAAGAAAGGUCGCCCAGUGAGCACACGUAUUACAACGGAAAUGGAUAACUUUGAUAAGCUUGAGAGAAAAUGUUCAAUGUGUCGUCAAACAGGCCACGAUCGAACCAGGUGUCCCAAUGUGGGAACAAGUAAUCGUUAG